UAGAUUAAAUGAAUAAGAUUUCUUAUAUUAUAUAGACCUAUAUUGAAAUUAUUUAACAUUUUAUACUUGUAUAAAAUUAAAAAUGAUACAUUAAAUAUAUGAAAAUAUAAAAAAUAUGGAUUUGCUGGAAGGGAAGAUAAAAAUUGUGUACUAGUAACAAAAUGGCGGAGGAUACAAAAAAGUUUGCGGACUAUUCUAAUUUACCAUCUUUACCACCAAAACCACCCUCUUUGUUUUUAGCUUAUUCUAGAUAUGUACAGGAUGCCCCUUACAAAGCUCUGGUUGGAGUAGUGAUUGAUGCUAAAAAUCCAGAAAAGUUCCAGGUUUUACCUCGGCAUAGAAUGCGAUCUCAAACAGGUGUUACAAACCGCUGGCGUUUUCCAGAUUCUUUGUACAGCGACAUGCUGGGAACAAAGCAAGCUUUAAAAUCUGUGAAUAUGCCAUUCAAUCACAGCCUGGCCAAUUACAUCACUGAAUCAUCUGGGAGCCGCUCGUCACAUUCAAGAUGUACAACACUUACAAGAGCGACCAAGUCAGCCAAUACUAUUCAAGCAGCAAAAGUUCAAAGUCCUGUGAAAAGACAAAAUUAUCUUGUUCAAAACAAAUUAUGCUCGGGUCAAUCAACUAGGUCAAUGGUAUCCAUGGGUAGUAAAAAGCACCAAGAACCUUUGCUUAAGGAUGCAGUAAGGAGACAAAAUUUCCUGAGACCAGGAAAAGCUCACAAAAAGCAUGACAUUGUUUUAAAGGCCCUUGGAUUAGACUGGGAACUAUACAGUCUGUUUCUCCACAAGUCUGAUGUCUUAGCUCAUCUUCUACGCACUGUGAAAGAAGAUUCCAACCUUAUGAGCUACAGUAGAAAUCAUUUGGCUCAGCCUCAAUCUGAGUCAUCAAGAUUCAGUUAUACAACACUAGAUGACACAACAUCAGAUCAGUGUAGCACUUACCUAGACUUGCCUCACUCAUCUGUUGAAGGAUCCCAAGUCAUUGAAAUUUCUAUGGAUAUUGAUGAUCCACUUGUAUCUCAACGAGGUUUAGGGAUAGCUCUAAGCUGUUUGUAUGCAGAUGAUUUGCCAAUUAGUGCUCAAGAUCUGGCUUCUGUUUUAGCUGCUGCAUCUGUUUUGAAAUUUGAUGAACUUGUAAAACGGUGUGAACGAAUGAUGCUGACCUCCAUUACAUAUAAAACAGUUUGCCAGUUCCAUAAAGCAGCAUCCAAGUACAAUCUAGAAGCUGUUGCCUUAGCUUGUGAAUGCUGGUUAGAAUUGAACCUUAUUCCCAAGUUAUCCAUGCAUAUUGAGCUAGCUGAUUUGGAUAGUCAAUUACUGGAAAAGAUUCUCAAUUCAAACAGAUUAUUUACCAUCAAUGAAUUGAGUGUGUUUAAAACGCUGUGUACAUGGCUCUUUCUGGAAUUGAAUCCUCAAGUUCAAAUGAUGCCUCCAUAUACCACAGUGAUAACAUAUUUUAACAGUUUACCCAAGCAUUGUCCAUUUCUAGAAGCUGAAGAAGGAAUAAUGUAUCAACCUCUUUUUGUAUCUUUACGUUUGCAUGGAAUUAUGGACAGCAAUGACAUUCAGGAUAUGCUGCUGAUGAACAUCUUACCUUAUCGAUGGAUAGUUGAUAUGCUGUCACAGCAGCACAAAUCUCUUUGCAGUGGAGGAGAUAUGAUGGGUUUGAGAGCUUUUCAUAAAACUGCUAUCAGACAAGGAAUAGUUGUUGAAGGGGACACUAAAAACUACUCUGAAAUUUUGUCAUUAUAUGGUUUCUUCUUUGAGCUGAAAGUAAUGAAACAAGAUGUAGAGACUCCUGGCUAUGUCAUUUAUUUUCAAAGACUCAAGCCUAAUGACUCAGCAGUAGGUCUGAAGAACUUUGACAGAAGUACAUUUUCCAUGCGCUCUGAGAGAGUAGUGAAAUACUCCAUUACUGUUCAGUACCUCUUGGACUCUGUGCAGCAUAUUCACUCUACUGGAGUCCAUGCCAUGAGCUUUGGGCUCUUAGAAAAGACUUGCAGAAGUCAGGUGCUGUCUGUGGAUAUGCCUCCUGAUACUCCGAUGUUUGUCACCUUUGCAGUUCUCUUACCACCAACUUAAAUCUCAUCUUAACAUUGGAUUAGUUUUCUAGGAUUAUGUCUAGAUGUUUUACAUCAAAAGUAACUAUAAAUUAUGUUGUUAUUUAUAAAAAAAAAAUAAUUUUUCAUUCCUUCUUGUAAUUUGGAUCAUUUGACAGGUUAUUAUUUAUACUUAGUAAUUUAUUCUUUUGAAUAUGUAGCCAGAAAAAUGAUUGGCUCUUUGCAUACAAAAAUGUUAUAGUGGUACCUUUAAAUGUGAAAAUAAAAUACAGGGUACAAAAUGAUGACUGUGAUAUCUUAUAAUCUAUUUGCAAUACUUAUAUUGAUUUUCUUCCUGUGUUUUGUAAUUCAUUUUUUAAGAGCUUCACAACUUUUUUCACUCUUUGAGUACUCUUUAAUCCCUAUGCAUUCAGAAAUAAACAUAAAAAUGUACCUUGCACAUAA